AACAGGAUAAUUCUUAUAAAAACAGAAUAUUUAUAGGAGUUUAUAUGCGACCAAGAUCAGGAGACGCAAAUUCAGAUAAUCAGGCGGCAGCACUUUACGCCGCCCGUCUAGCGAUGCUAAAACAAUUGCACGUUCAUUUACCUAUAGAAGAGACAAAGAUAUGGAGUGAUGAUGGACAAGCAGAUGUAGUUUCAUUAAGGUCUAUGGAACGUGGAUCAGUGGCAGGAGAAGUUACGGGAUAUGGAUUAAUGCCAGAUAAUCAUUAUCGUAUUCCGAAGCAAAGAUUAUCAAUGCCAUUAUUUAUUCAUGGUGAUCAAGAAUGUUCUCGAUCACAGGGACUUCGUCGGAAUAAAUUCAGUACAUUUUCAUUGCGUUCACCGAAUAAAAAGAAGUCAGCGGCGGGGAGAUUUGUUUUGCAUCUUAAACGUACAUUUUUAGCUAAAAACUUGCUUUUUCAACGACCAGCAUCAUCUAGCUUUCAAUAUAAAGAAAACCUUUGUAAUUUGUCCACUUUAAAAGGGACGACUAAAAAUGAACAAACAUCACCAUUUACAGUAUGUACAGCGAAUACGUUAACAAAUGUUAAUCAACCUCUUUCAAAAAUGGAUGAGAAUACAGAAUUUUCUCAGCUUAAGAAAAAAAUAGCUUCUUUAGAAAUUUUAGAAACGCAAAAUGGAAAAGAAAACCAGCCAUUAUCAGAUGAUAGAAAAAGCUUAACAAUUUUACCAAAAGAAAAUAACGACAAUGUUUUUAUUACUUCACUUGAAAAUGAGAUUGCUUCACCACCAUUUCACAUGUCAUGUGAUACUUCAAUAGGUUCUAUAGAUCAUCGUGAUAAUGCAGGACCUGUAAGACUUUUUACAGAUGACUUAUCUCCUACACCAAAAUUAAAUUCUAAUUUAUAUCAAUCUCAUUGUACACCUCCAUAUCAAGAUCUAGAAGCAACAAAUUCUUCAAAUUUAUUAUAUUAUUAUCAUCAAAAUCCUUCAUCUUUGACAACUCAUACACCUCAUUCACCUCAUUCACCUCAUUCACCUCAUUCACCACCUCCUAUUUCAUACAGUUCACCAUCUUCUAAACUUGAAGAAAUGUUAUAUUCAAAAGCUUAUCAUAAUGUGAGAUCACCAUCAGGAUUAGAAAGGGCCGUUAAUUUUAAUUAUGGGGGUAUAGAUGAAUGGAGAAGAGAAAUUCGUAAUUCUAUGCAUUUAGAAAGAAGAAAAAAAGAUGAGAAGAAUCUAUCUUUGUUUUUUUAAAAAUACAUAUUCUCUUUUGGGAUUUUUUUAAUUUUAG